AGCUGCAAAGAAAAAGUAUGGCGAACGAAGUUUAUAAAAUUCACGUUCUACUGUUGUUUUGAAUCAAGAAACCUUCAUUGUAAGCCUUCUAAGCUUCAAGAAGUAAUCAGUGAUCAAGUAGUGUUGGACAGUCAUGAAGGACAGAGCGCAGGACAUGAAAGUUCGCCAUGGAAAGACCGUUGCCUCCAAGCACGUGAACCAAUUCAAGCCGAAGGAAAGUUAAUCCCGAAAACUAGAGGUAAGCAAGACCGCGUAUUACCUAUAUUUAAGAGGGUUUAUAGACUUGUAGUUAAAAUAAAUCUAAAUUUGUCCACUGAGCUUGAAAAACUCUUGAAAUAUUCCGCAAGGCAAGUUGAGAAUUAGCGGUACAUAGAUAGAUAAUCUUUAUUUAUCCAAGGUCAAUUCAUCUGCUAAAAAUAGUCUACUUUACUAUUCAAAUGAGGAAACAUAAACUAUCUACAAUAUAAAAAUACGAAUAAAAAGCUGCUUCCACGAAUGCCGUGUCCUAGAGUACUUGUUUAAAAAGACGUUUGAAUUUCUUAAAGGACUUUGCUUGCCUCACCUUACAUGGGAGUUUGUUCCAUAGAAUAGCGGCACUAUAGCUAAAGGUAUUUUUAUAAUAAUUUGUCCUUGGUAAUGAGAUGCAAAGUUUACUCUCAGAGACCCUAAGGUUAUAUGCUGUUUCUCGUAUUGCAAACCUAGAACACGAAUUCUGGAGCCAACCAGUGUUAACACCUAUAAACCAUCGUGACUUUUUCAAUUUCAUGCUGGCGCGCUAGAUUUUUUCCAUCCUAGGAGUUCAAACAAGUAACCAGCGUCUUCAUCAUAGUCUGAAAAUGUCAAAAUAAGGGCUCCUCUAUUUUCUAGUUUUUUAAGUUUGUUCCUUAAGGUUAUCCCACAGUUUCCCCAAACUAGUAUUCAGCAAUCAUUGAAGUGAGGUCAGUUGUAUAAGAGCUUGGUAUAUUAGUUGUAAAGUCGCUUGGGGGACAAGGUGCCUUACUUGCUUUAUGGUCCCGAUGCCAGAAAAGACUUUAAUUAUUGUCUUCUCUAUAUAACUACUCCAAUCGAGAUUAUCAUCGAUAGUCACUCCAAGAGAUUUAGCAGUAGCGACUUGGGUAACUCGAGAAUCAUUACUUUCAAGUGUUGGGGAAACUGUUACAGUACUUAACCUCUGCCUAGAUCAAAUUAAAAUGAACUCAGUCUUAGUUAUAUUUAGAGUGAGUGUGUUUGCUCUUAGCCAAUAGGACAAUUGCACGAUGACGUCAUUUUACUACAACUACCAGAAUCCUUGAGUUUGUUGUUUUCUUGUGCAAAUUAAGGCUAUUGUUCUUUAAUCCUCAGCGGGAUUGACAAAUUUAAAUAACAAAGCUCAAUAGGACAAUUGCACGAUGACGUCAUUUUACUACAACUACCAGAAUCCUUGAGUUUGUUGUUUUCUUGUGCAAAUUAAGGCUAUUGUUCUUUAAUCCUCAGCGGGAUUGACAAAUUUAAAUAACAAAGCGAAACCGAAAUGAAUUCUGGUAGUUGUAGUCAAAUAUCGUCAUCGUGCAAUUGUCCUAUUGUGAACAUUUUCUAAGUCUUCGUUUAAACUUGUUUAAAUAUAGUGAAUAUUGUUACUCGCGUAUGUAAGGAUGGGUGUCAUCAGCGUACAUCCAAGGCUCGCAAUUUGCCAGGCAGUUGGGAAGAUAGUUGAUAUAUAAUAGAAGUAAUAAUGGACCUAAAAUAGAACCCUGAGUGACACCACAAAUGAAGGAGCAACUGCUAGAGAGAAGACCGUUGAUGGAACACAUUUGUGUGCGGUCCUCUAAAUAUGACUGAAACCAUUGAUGGGCAAUACCAUUAAUACCUUAGAGGUUUAGUUUUAAUACAAGGAUCUCGUUGUCCACCGUGUCGAAAGCCUUUUUUAAAUCUUGGAAUACGACAGCAUUGAUUUUGCAACGGUCAAUAUUAUAUGCCGAAGUAUCCGUGGCCUCAAGAAGGGCCGUCACAGUUGAAUGAAUAGCGCGAAAACCCUGUUGGAAUUUACAGAUGAUGUCAUGAUCUUCUAAAUAGGCAUAUAAUUGAUCAUAGACAAUUGUGUUAACGCGUGAAGUAUUUUGGCGCAAUGUUGCAGCUACUUCUUCAAUACUACGCGCACCCAAUUCAUAAUGUGGAUACCAACUGAAGAAAGUCAUCGCAAGUCUACCAUAUUUUUGUGCAAAACCUGCGUGUGAUAGACUUAUCUUGUGCCUACCAACGCGCGCAAAAGAUUAUGGCUUGUCUGCCAUCUGCAACACUGCGCUCAUUUAAUUUCGUCAUGUAUUUACCGUCUGUAACAUUGUGCGUUACUAAUCGUUUGACUAACGUUUGUACUGUUGCGGUGCAACUAAUAAAUCGUAUGAUAACCAAAUGUAGCUUUACUUGGAACGUUUUUAUCCGUAAUUAACGUCUUUUCCUAUCACCUGAUUUAUAGCAUUACGCUUUAAACUGCAUCAUGUGUGCAUCAUGCGUGCAUCAUGUGUGCAUCGUGCGUGCAUCAUGUUACCAUGUGUAACAUUUGUAGACACGAGAUUGUACAUCGUCUCUACUACAGUCGACUCUCUCGAACUCUCUCUUAACGGACACCUCUUUAAGACGGGUUCCUCUGUAAAAACGGACUCUUAGAGUUGGUCCCUGCCUUUCUUCACUCCCUUUAUUUGACUAUAAGACGGACCAACCUCGUCCCCAGUGCGCUUUUCCCUGGCUCUGAAGGUGGGCCCCCACCUUCAAAGCCAGGGAAAAGCGCCCUGGGGACGAGGUUGAAGACGGACAUCACUGUUAGAUGGACACUUGGUGCUGGUCCGUUAAGUGUCCAUGCGUAUCCCGGGGGAUGCGUAUUAGCGAUAGUUAUGCGCAAAAAUCCCCGCAAUAAAUUCAUCCUAUAUCUACCAUGUGCAAUAUUUGCGCCCAAAGGAAUUCUGCAUCGUUAGUAACUAAUUCACUGUGUCCCUAGAGUGAGCUUAAUCGCUUGCACCAAGUCUGGCGAAGGUCUCUUAUCUGCAAAAUGUUUGCUCGUAACAAAUUCCUCGUAUGGCUACCAUCUGUACUACUGCGCACAACUAAUUGAUCGUUUGUUUGCCAUCUCCAACAUUGCGCCCAACUACACAGUGUUGCUGUUAUUUGUAGCAUCACCAACAUUACUUGUAACGAAUCUAUCGUGAUACUACCAUCGGUAACUUUGCUUGUGCUUAUCACCUGCAACCGUCAUUGCGCGCAACUAUUUGCUCUUGUCUUCUCCACACGAUCACUGCAGAAAAAUAAUUCAUUGUUUGGGGAGUUUUCAGCCGCAGUGUUGCGCACAAUUAGUCAUCGUGUUUUUACCAUCUUUAAUGUUGUGCAUAAGCAUAUCAUUUAUCGUGUGACUACCCUUUCAAACGAUGCCAGUAACUGAUUCACCUUGUGUUGACGAUAUGCAACAUUAUGCGCAACUGUAAGUCACCGGAUGUCUACUAUCUCUAUGUAGCCUUGUGCGCAAAUAAUUCGUCUUGUAUUUACCACCUGCAGUAGCGGAUCAAAGAAAACCCUGUCCCCCGCCUUAGUUUUAAGCCAAACUGAGUCCCGUAAGGACGAGGAAAAAUGGUUUUCUAGGUCAGGUCUUCCACGUAAGUUAGGGUCUGGAAAAGCGGGCUCCUCUCUUUCUUGAAGAUCUGAACCUGCCACUGAAAUAUGAUUGAGGGUAACUAACACUCUACAUCUAUUAAACCCAUUCGCUUUGAAUAAAGGCUAGCGUUCUAAACGAUUGCCUUUCAAUCUUUUCAUCGGUGGUAAAUUGAAUUUCAGUUUUCAACUCAAUAGAUAAGACCAGAACCUUUUGAUUUUCACGCGAUUCCUCUGACGCAACAUUUCUGUUUCUUAAAAAAACCAACCUCUUUACUCUUUAUGUGGCUACCAUCUGUAGAAUUGCGCGUUACCAAUCAUUGUUUCAGUUGCCAUCGUCUUCAGCAUAGUUAGCAUCUGCAUCACCGUGGGCCGUAAAUAGAGGGUCUCAAUGGGGUUAACCGAUAGGCGUAAAACGGCCAAAAAUUUAGUCGAUAGCCGUAAAAGUUGAAAAAUUUUAACCGUUAGCCGUAAAUAGGGUAAAAAAGACUUAACCGUAAAAGAAAUUGUUCCCUAGAUUUGCUACUUUUAAGGAAGGUACUAAACUCACUUAUGGUUGCGUUUUUUAUUUCGCGGCUAGUGUGGCUCCGUACGCCCGUUAGGUAAAGCGCCUUUUAAGUGAAGACCAAGACCCAUUUCCAUUUCCGCCGCUCUCUCGGGGAACUAGUUUUUUUUCCAUAGCGAAAUCUGAGUGGCUUCUUGCUGGGGAUUAAUAUUUGCGAUUUUCGGAGGUCGUGCCCUCGAAACACUAGUGAAACAACACGAAGAGAACUCACUGUUUGUAAAACAAGUUGCCGAUGACGCUACGGUAGACAUUGCCAUGCCUAGUCCCUGUACGGCGUCUUCCCACGCAAUUUCGGUCAAGGGAUUUCGGUGGCGAACUCGCUCGGACCACGUGACCCGAAACGCAUUAGCCGCGCGAAAUAAUGAGGUCUACGGACAAGGCAAAACGGCUGACAGUGGUUCCGUACAGUCCUUCGCUACCAUUAAAAACACUGGACAUGGGAAUUUUGUUAUUGGCCGUUUUCACACUAGAGCUAGAAACGGAUUAUCCGUCUGAGACUAGCCUGUGUGCAGUCGCCCCCUUUCUCGACAGACACCCCCUCUCCGAUUUUUUUUUCUGAGGGGAAGGGGCGGCUGUACACAAGCUAUCUGGAACGGAUAAUCCCGUCUUCAAACUGUCCGUCGAGGUUGAAGGAUAAAGUCAGGCGGAUUGUUCAUGCAAAAUUAAAACUAUUCCUUUUUAAAUUAAGACGUAUCACCUAUCUGACGCGAAUCAUCAAAUCGAUAACCCGUCUCACACGAAUAAUCCGUCUUUAGUGUGAAAACGGCCAUUUCUGUUGUAAUGAAUGUCGCGCCCCGGCCUUGAGUUAGGCGUUCGCGUGUGUCCUUUGCUUUUUCACAAAGAUUAUUUUUAAAUUGACUGUUGACAUUUUUAUGUGCAAAAUAAUAUUAGAAGUGGAAUACUUUAUAAAAAGUAUGAUCUAUCAAAUGUUAAAAUUUUUCAAAAGAAUAGCUUAUUUCAUAUCCCGAGAUGAUCUUAAGACCUUUAUUUUGCUUUAAAGAUACAAAAAAUAUAGGUUAAUUAAUAUUUAACUUUUUGAAACAAAAGAAGUUAAUUUUUAACUUUUUUGUUAACCGUAACUGAAAAAAAAUAGCCGAUAGCCGUAAAAGAGCCAAAAUUUUAGCCGAUAACCGUAAAUGCCACCACCCCAUUGAGACCCUCUAAAUAUUCCGUAGCAUUACCGGGGCAUUACGUAUAACUAACUCAUAGUUUAUCUACCAUCGGGGACAUGGUUUGUAGCUAGAUAGUGUAUCGUGUAUGGCCCAUCGCUAAUUUUGCGUCAGACUAACUUUCGUGCCAUUAAUAACAUUAGUAUUAACAGUAACCAACUGUGAGUCUACUAGAUGUUACGUUGCGCGUGACUAAUUCAUCGUAUGUUUUCUUCUGUAACGUUGCACGCACUUCACUCGUCGUGUGUGCACUAUCUAUUACGGAUAUAGCAUCAUGCGAAAUAAGUCCUCGUUUGUCUACCGUCUUCAAAACUGCGCACAAAUUAGUCACUGCGUGACUAUCAUGACAGCCUUGCAUGGAACAAAUUCAUCAUCUGUCUGCGUUCCACAGCAUUGCACGUAACAAAUUUGUCGCUUUUCUAUUGUGUGGCUACCAUCAACAAAUUGCACGCAUCAAAUUCAUUGCGACGUUACCAUGGUCAUUAUUGCAUGUAACAAGGUGAUGAAAUUUUCUAUCUUUGUCUGAUCAAGAAAACGUUGCUUUUCGUCUGAUUGGUGGCUGCUCGGUAAAUAAGGUUGCACGAUAAAUUUACAGCCUGUCGUCAUACUGCCUGCAAUAUUGCAACUUGUAUUCGGAAAAAUAACGACAAGACCUCUCUAAUACAAUUGGUACUUACUGAAUACUUGAGAAGGUUUCAGUUAUCAGUACUAAACCAUGCACUAUAUAUAAAAUAGGGAGCUUAAGCAAAGGUGUCUUUAAGCGAUGCACGUCAACCCGAAGUGAUGCCUUUUCCCUUUUGCUGUGCCUUCUUGACGCCACCAAAUUUGUAUUGUUAGUGUCCUGGGUAGUGUCUUGACUCUAAUAGAGACUAAUUUUUUUGAAAAUUUGUGCAAAACCACUGCCCAAGAUUGCAAAACGUCCAUUUCCGGUUGACGUGCGUCGCUCAAAAACGUCUUUGCUUAAGCUCUCCAAUAAUACCUUCGCUAAAUCUGAAUACGGACAGCAAAACCAAGAGAAUUGUAAUAAAUAGAAGUGUCCGUAUUGCAGGGUGUCUGUAUUACAGAGGAAACUGUUAACUGAUGAAUUUGCGUAUAGAAGUGUCCGAAAUGGAAGACAUGUCUGUGUUAUACAGGAAGUGAUUGUAUAAAGUUUGGUACCUUUGCUGGAUUAUGGUCGUACAUUGAAUAGUAUGUUGGUUUAUGGGUGCAUUGAAAACAGACAACAGACCGUAGAUAUUUCUCAUACGUCAGAAUAGUUUUCUCUUACGGUAAUAAUUAGCUAAUAACUCAUAUUCAACACGUUUUCUCUUUAAUAAAGGGGCCCUGAUUGACCACGUUUACGUCACAAUUUCCUAACAGCAUAACAGAAAACGAAAGUAGCCUUCCUCACAAUAAACGCACUACUGUUACACUACAGUUACAUUAAACUAGUUUCAUGCAGACGUAAUAGGCGGCACUCUUAAUACCUCUUUAUGUCGGUAUUACCAAAUCUAUUGUGUUGCAUUAGUGAAACUGGCACCACCGGACUAACAAAUGAAAUCGAACUAUACAGCACGUUUAAUCACGGAAAAGUAAAGAGUUAAAGGGUUUUUUAAAAAACUGAUGCGCAGACCGUCACGUGGAUCACCUCAUGCUUCGGAUUCGGGUAGAUACGAACCACGUAUACAGUGGAAUAAUAAAUAUAAGCCAGUAGCCGUUUCUGACAUUUCGAGAGACACUCUUAAAGGUUUUAUCCGCAGAUAGUAAAGUUUGAGCUAUAUACGUGUAGGGCGUAAAGAAUAAGAACUACGGGAAAGUAUGGUUGCACACAAAUGGAGAAAAACGCGAAAGGGAAUAGGGAGACUCUCCCCAAUCCCUUCCUCAUUUUGAAGCCUUCAGCCGAAGCCUGCCACAAAUUGCAGGCUUCAUUUGGAAACAUGGACACUACAUCAAUCAAUCAACAACUUUAUUUAAGUGUCUAGUCUUCUAGCUUGUGGAAGUGGAAGUAUUUACUGGUUUAUUAACUGGAAAGGUACUAGUUACUUGUUCAUGUGACAGUGGUGUGUAUAAAGACAGUUUAAAUUGUAUUUUAAUAAGAUCCCUAUGUGUGUUUUAUGAGAUAAUUCGUGGUCCUUAUGUGAUUCUUAGCACCACGACUGUAACAUGUUUUCUUGGUUUCUUUAUUCUUUAUUGCAGUCAGCAGACGUUCGAUGUCAACGCUGGUAGUAGAUAUCUCGUUUGCAACAGGUCAGUCUAACAGCUGUUGGUCAAUUUUUUGGUGAAAAUGUUUAAAAAUAACAGCCUUACUGGCAAGUUAGCGCGCUAAUAGGCUACUUGUUAUGUUGUAAAAUAUUUUUCUGUCCUUAUUUGUUAACAUAAACUACGAGACCGCCGUUAAUUGGGUUAACCCUGAAUGGACAAACUUAAAGAUUUCUUCAGAGACUACUCCUUCGUAUGAAAUUAUAUUCAUGAGGUACACUGUAUCUUGAAAGGAGAGGGGUCUGAAUGUAUUUAAAACUUAAGAUCCCUAUUUCUAGUUAUCCUUUUAUGUGAUUUUUAUUUGACUGGAUCCUUUUGUUUGUUAUUUCAUCGGAUUUGAUGGGAAAUGUGGCAAGUUUGCAUUGGAUAUAAGGCAGCAGUAAAAUGAUACCUGACCUCCUUCAGAUCAGGUAAUAACAUCAUUCAUUCUUUGGUAUGCAACCAUAUUUCAAGGCGGCCGUGUUGGGGGUCAAUACAAUAGAGUUUUUUCUCAAAAAAUUUAUGCGCAAAUAGUGUUUAGUGCCCACAGGAGAGAAAUGCUUUUGUUCUGGACGUCAUGUGCAAACCAGCAAUAAGGAUCCUAUUUAAAUGACUGCUCUGAUCACUGGUUCAAUCCAAACAUAAUACAUGUGUAUAGGGCAUUCUUUGCUGAUGUCACUGUUACAUUCCCCAAAAGUUGAAAAGUUGGUUGAUUUGAGCAACUUUCAUAAAAAUUUUGAGCUCUUGUCAAGCAGUAACAGGAAAAAGCAGCCUUCGAAAACUUCAAAUUGCUGGGUGGCAAAAACAUUUAUGAGCACUUGGUACAUACAUUGUAAAAUUUCGAGUUUUUCAAAGAUAAUUUCUCUGAAACUAUUCGGUUUAUGGGCUCAAAUUUUCACAAGUAACCAUAAUUUUUAUGCUCCUUUGAUAUUCAGCAAGUAUACUUUAAUAGCUUGAUCAGAAAACGAAAGGCAUGUGGUAAUUAUUAUAGUACAGCUCAAUGAUAGGCAUCCACGUUACCAGAUCUUAACAGGCUUCAAACUAGUUAGCAAGAAACUUGUUUAUGCACGGUGCUUCAAAAACGGUUUUGCAUUAGAACUGAUUAGUAUGUAUGAGCUAGCAUAUUGUCCUUGGUUUAUUGUUGUCGCAACAGCCGCAACAAAAGGCUUAAUGUCUGCAAGACUCAGUGAAGACUGAAACAGGGUUUUGAUUCUACACAGUUAAUAAUGGUAGUAACAAGGUAUAUUUUUUAAAAAUCUGAUCCUGUUUUUUGACCUAAUGUUUUGAUCUCUGUUCCCAAAAUUGCUGUAAAUUUCAAAGUGCAGUAAUCAUUGCUUGGCUUCACAAUUAUCUGUAGUAGAACGUAAGACAAACAAACACACUUUUAAACUUUUUUGAGCAACCUUCUCACUUCUCUCACAUCAGAAAAAAACUUUCUACUCUAUAAAGUAAAUUCAAGAUACAGUAGCAGUUGACAACUCUUCGGGAAAUUUGCAUUCAUUUGCACAGCUCGAGUGAUACUUGGCGUCAAAACCUUAAUAGAAUUGUUCAAACGACAUUUUGCAUAAUUGAAAUAGCAGAAGUCAACAGUUCACUGGCUGAACUUGAAAACCAAUCCAUGUCCUUUUAUCUGUCACAUCCAAAAUAACAGGAACAUUGUGUAAAUGAAUGUUUAAUACGCGACGGUGUGUAAACAAAGUCUCGAGGUGCUUCUCGUUGUUUUUGUUCUUUAGCUUGUCUUUUGAAUUCUACUAGCCAAUUUUUUGCGAUUGCCUGUUUGAGAAUGUCCAUCAGCGUUAUCGCAGUUGAAUACAUGUCCGGUCAUCGGUGUCUACAGUCAGGGUUUUUUUUUUUACUGGAAACUUUACUUGUAUUUUGACCUUUUGACCUGAAUUGCUCAGUUUUGCGAUACACGAUUGCAUUUCAGUUUGAUAUUUCACCCUUCAACGUGAUUGCGUACAUAAAAGUUUCGAUUUGAGUAUGCAUGUAAAGUUUCAUAAAACUUCAGAAACAUCCAAGAGCUUUGGAAACAAUAUAAUUAUAGUCUCAUGCAAUACAAUCUGCUUUUGAAAUAAACAUGGCACAAUAAUUAUUUUUUCGUCAUGGUAGUUGCAGUCAUGUGCUGUUACAAAAUAAACAUGCUGUUAUUUACAAUGUAUCUUCUUGCUCGUACAUGAGUAUGGACUGUUUGUUUGCAUUUAGAGCAGGCAUUUGAAACCAUACUUAUGAAGCUUGACACGGAUGUCCUUGAAGAAACAUAGGCUUUAUUAGUCCAUGGGUUGGACCAAAAUUAAAUUUCUUACCACUUUUAAGGACAAAUUAUGAGUAGUGUCAUUUCAAAGAAUGUAUUAAAGUAUUGAAAAAAAAUUAUGAUAGCCAUCCCCAUUGCAUAGCUCUAAGGCCUAUUUUUGUAAUCAAAAUCUCAAAAAUUACCCUUUGACUUGGAAACAUGAAAAUGAGGCUAAAAACAUAUUUUCUAAGACGCGAAUUGAUUUUGAGAUUUACAAUAGUAAAUAAGAGAAAACAGACAGAAGAUGGGAUAAUUAAUAUUUCUGUAGCAUUCAUUUUCUGAAAACCUACUUUUUUCACAUCGUUAUGGAAAUAAAACUAUCUCCAUUUUUUGUUAUGCAUUAUGGGUAACCAAUAUGGUGGGGCACAUGUCAAGUUUUUUAAUUAUCUUGUUUUUUUUUUUACCUGAUUCUUUAGUUUUUCUGGCAUUUAUUAUUUUAAAAAAGGCCUCAAUAAGCCUAAACAAACAAACUUUACUUAAAUAAUGCAAAUAUAAGAAAUAUUAUUUCGAAGUAGAAGUAAAUACUUCAAGAGAUUCUAGAGAUUGUAUUCGAUAGCGUUCGAGUGCUCAAUAACCAUGCAUUAGAUUGUCCGUAGCCUAUAUGAUUUGCUUUUGUCCUCUGUGAUGGAAUUAUUUAUUAUUAAUUGGUGUUCAAAAAUGUAACAUACCUUUCCAACAAUAUUUUUCCAUACAUCCAAAAAAUGUCACAGAAAAAUGCAGCCUGUGAUUGCCUCCCUCUUCAGCUUGGAGUUCCAAAUUGCACAGCUGGUUUUUUUGACCUGAUACAAGAAACACAUUCACUAUUGCUUGCAUUUUGUUAGGAAAGAUUUACAGUUUGGAGAUCACAUCGUCAAAUGGGCCACCAAAGAAGCGUAUUUGUUUAGAUUCGACACGAAAAUGCCUCAUUAACUACAUGGAAGAGACUGGAGACCUUACAGCUCUUGAUGAUGCACAGUCAAGGAAGACGCGUCUUCGGGCUGCACAGAUACAACAAUACCAACCAAGUUUAGAUCUUGUCCAUAAAUUGGAGGAUGAUAAUAUUCCAGUGAUAUAUUACCAUAGAAAAUGCCAUGGUAUAUUUACCAUGAAGAAAGAUCUUGAUAGGUUUUGUAAAACUGCCGAGAGCAAAAGCUGCAAUCCUGAAUCCCUGAGUAAACCAGGAGAGGAGAUCAAGUCCAUUCUUUCUAGCAAAGAUACCAUGUCAUGGCCACCAAAGCAAUUGGAGCUUACUGUAGAUGCUGUUCAGAUCUCUGACAGUGUAAGAGCAUUUCUUUGUACAUCGCUGACCGGAAAUACAGAGCCCCAUAAGUUUUGUUCACAAAGGGUGCAGUGUCUUGCUAACUCUUUUGGACAAGACCUUGUUUUUGGAGUGACCAAUGGAUGA